AUGAGACCUCCGUCAUUUUCUGGAGGAGCAGACUUUUUAGCAGCUGAGAACUGGGUCCAAGACAUUGAGGAUAUGUUACCAGUGCUUAAAUGUACAAAUGAACAAAAGGUAGUAUUUGUGAUGUUCAAAUUGAGAGGAGAGGCCAGAUGCUGGUGGAGAUCAGCGAGGUUGAUUAAGGAGCAGAUAUUGGAUCUUGUGCCAGUGAUGUGGAGUCGAUUCAAGGAAUUAUUCUUUGAGCGAUAUUUUCCUACUAUCAUUUGGAGUGCAAAGGCAGCAGAAUUCAUGCACUUAUCUCAGGGGCAGAUAACAGUAUCACAGUACGUAGCUCGAUUUAUUGAGUUGUCUCAAUUUGUCCCACAUAUGGCACUAGGUGAGGAGAAAAAGGUGAGGAAGUUUGAAGAAGGUAUGAGGAAGAACCUAUUUGAGCAAGUUAUUGGUUUUUGGGCUCAGACAUUUGCGGAUGUUGUGGAUAGAGCUACGGUUAUUGAGAGUGGCAUGCAAAAAGGCACUACAGCUCAGAGUCAAAGAAAUAGGCCUAUGCCUCAGGGUUUUCAGGCGGGUUUCAGCAGGGGCCCAUGGAGAGGAGAUUGUUACAGUGGAGGUCAGAGACAGAUGAUGGGACCUUGUGGGAAUUUGGGCGUGCUGACUUACCCUAUGUGUCAAACGUGUGGGAGGAAGCAUCUGAGAGAGUGCUAG